AUGGGCACGAAAAGAGCAAAUUCCGAUGCCAAAAACCACGAAAAGUCGAAAAAGGCAAAAAUAUUGGAUUUUUCUGCUCACCCAAAACGCAAAAUCGCCAUACAAUUCUUCUAUUUGGGUUGGGAGCACGAUGGACUUGUUCAGCAGCCGAACACGAAGAACACAGUGGAACAUCACCUAAUGGAGGCACUUUUAAAAACAAAAAUUGUUGAAGACUGGCUGAAAUGCGAUUUUUCACGAUGUGGACGAACGGAUAAAGGAGUUUCGGCGUUUAGGCAGACGGCAGCGUUUGUAGCUAGAUCCACCUGCUCUACGGACCCCAACGUCUUCUGGGACGACUCGACACCUGAAGACGUCCGAAAUUCAUAUAAAUCGAAAGAAGAAGAGCUUCCGUACAUAAAAAUGUUGAAUGGAGUGCUUCCGAAGAGUAUUCGAGUCUUUGCUUGGGCUCCAGUCGGACAGAAUUUCAAUGCACGAUUCGAUUGUAAUAGGAGAACUUAUAAGUACUCAUUCCCGAAGGCUGGGCUGAAUUUGGAGAAAAUGCGCGAAGCCGCUCAACUUCUAAUCGGCGAGCACGAUUUCUCGAAUUUCUGUCAAAUCGAUAUGAAUGAGAAGCGGCUGGAACAGUCGUACACACGGAAAGUAUAUGAUGUCACUGUGGAACAGGUGUCCACACAUUCAGAGAAUGAUAUCUACUCAAUGGUGGAGCUGACGGUCUCGGGAAGCGGAUUCCUGUGGCACAUGAUUCGCUACAUCGUCACAGUACUCCAGGAGAUUGCACGUGGAAAUGAGGAGCCCUCACUCGUCUCGGAUCUUCUGAAUCUGUCGAAAUAUCCGAGUCGUCCGCACUACACACUAUCAUCAGAUACCCCGUUGUGUCUCUUCGAUUGUGGAUAUAAAACAGAAGACGUCGAGUGGAAAAUUCACGAGCCAACGAUGAAAACUACAGUAUCUGGACUGCAAAAGACGUGGGCAACGUAUCAAACGAGGUCUCGAAUGAUGGAGAAUAUGAUUGGAGAGUUGACACAGAUGACGUCGUCGUCGUGGGAUUCAGAAGAAGACGUCACGAGAGGACUCCAUGAAUUCGUACAGGAUCGACCGAUACCGACGAGUUAUUGCAAGUUUGAGAAGAGACAAAUGUGUGAGAGUUUGGAGGUGAAGAAGCAGAAGAUGUUGGUGAAGAAGGAGGAGAAGGAGAAAAUGAAUGGAAAUUGA